GGCCCCGCCCUCCGCCCCCGCCCCUCCCGGGUCCCUGCCUGCGCCCCCAGCAGUGCCCUGGCCGCAGAGCCGCCGCUGCUGCCCGAUGAAUGGAGUCGCCUUCUGCCUGGUCGGGAUCCCGCCCCGCCCGGAGCCCCGGCCCCCUCAGCUGCCACUGGGCCCGAGAGAUGGGUGCUCGCCUGGGCGGCCCCUCCCCUGGCAGAGCCCUCGGACGCUCUUGCUACACAAAAGCCUCCAGGAUGGCUUUGGCUUCACCCUGCGCCACUUCAUCGUGUACCCGCCCGAGUCGGCUGUGCACUGCAGCCUGAAGGAGGAAGAGAAUGGAGGCCGAGGAGGAGGACCCUCCCCUCGGCACCGCCUGGAGCCCAUGGAUACCAUCUUUGUCAAGAAUGUGAAGGAUGAUGGCCCUGCCCAUAGGGCAGGGCUUCGCACAGGAGAUCGGCUGGUGAAGGUGAAUGGGGAGAGUGUCAUCGGGAAGACCUACUCCCAGGUCAUAGCUCUGAUCCAGAAUAGCGAUGAUACGCUGGAACUCUCCAUCAUGCCCAAGGACGAGGACAUCCUCCAGCUGGCCUACUCGCAGGACGCGUACCUGAAGGGGAACGAGCCAUAUUCUGGAGAGGCCCGGAGCAUCCCAGAGCCACCCCCAAUCUGCUACCCUCGAAAGACCUACGCCCCGCCAGCCCGGGUCUCCACCUGGGCCACUAUGGUGCCUGAGCCCCUCUCAGCACUGCCCAGUGACCCCCGGAGUCCAGCUGCCUGGAGUGACCCGGGACCCCGCAUCCCGUCUGCGGCCCGCAACCAUCCGGACAACCCUUCCUUGGGGAUGAGCCAGCCCCGCCCCAGCCCUGGUGCCUUCCCCCACCUCCCCUCGGAGCCCCGGACGCCUCGUGCCUUCCCAGAGCCUGGCAGCCGGGUGCCCCCCAGCAGACUGGAGUGCCAGCAGGCCUUGUCACACUGGCUGUCGAACCAAGUACCCCGCAGGGCGGGGGAGAGACGGUGCCCCGCCAUGCCCCCUCGGGCCCGCAGUGCCUCCCAGGACCGGCUGGAGGAUGUGACUGCCCACCGCCCGUGGCCCUGCUCCACCUCCCAGGGUGCCUUGAGCCAGCUGGGCCAGGAGGGCUGGCACCGUGCUCGCUCGGACGACUACUUGAGCCGGGCCACCCGCUCAGCCGAGGCGCUGGGGCCAGGGGCACUGGUGUCGCCCCGCUUCGAGCGCUGUGGCUGGGCUUCUCAGCGUCCAUCUGCCCGCACCUCUGCCUGCCCACCCAGGGACAUGCCCGGGCCCCAGGCCCCACCCCCGCCUGGCCUGCAGGGCCUGGACGACAUUGGGUAUAUCGGGUAUCGGAGCUAUAGCCCGUCAUUCCAGCGCCGGACUGGCCUCCUGCAUGCACUCUCCUUCCGGGACUCACCCUUUGGGGGGCUGCCCACUUUCAACUUGGCCCAGUCCCCUGCACUGUUCCCACCGGAGGCCUCUGAACCACCGAGAGUUGUCCGGCCAGAACCCGGCCCCCGGGCCCUGGAGCCUCCCACCGAGGAUCGCCGUGAUGAGGUGGUCCUGAGGCAGAAACCUCCAACGGGCCGCAAGGUCCAGCUGCCCCCUGCAAGACAGAUGAACCUUGGGUUUGGUGACGAGUCCCCAGAGCCAGAGGCCAGUGGACGUGGGGAACGCCUAGGCAGGAAAGUAGCCCCUUUGGCCACUACCGAAGACUCUCUGGCUUCCAUUCCCUUCAUUGACGAGCCCACCAGCCCCAGCAUUGACCUCCAAGCCAAGCACGUCCCUGCUUCUGCUGUGGUCUCCAGUGCCAUGAACUCAGCCCCUGUCCUGGGCACCAGCCCGUCCUCCCCAACCUUCACCUUUGCCCUCGGCCGCCAUUACUCCCAGGACUGCAGCAGCAUCAAGGCCGGCCGCCGCUCCUCCUACCUGCUGGCCAUCACCACGGAACGCUCCAAGUCCUGCGAUGACGGGCUCAACACCUUCCGAGACGAGGGCAGGGCUCUGCGGCGCCUGCCGAACCGCGUACCCAGCCUGCGGAUGCUUCGAAGCUUCUUCACUGAUGGGUCCUUGGAUAGCUGGGGCACUUCUGAAGAUGCUGACGCUCCUUCCAAGCGACAUUCAACCUCCGACCUCUCGGACGCGACCUUCAGCGAUAUCAGGAGAGAAGGCUGGUUGUAUUAUAAGCAGGUCCUCACCAAGAAGGGGAAGGUAAGAUGGCUGGAGGAAUGCUCAGGGCGGCGGGGGCGGCGGCGGCCGUCGGCAGGUGAGGACGAGGCGGCGCCCGUCUGCAUCGGGCUCCCUGGCCUGGUGGACAUCUCCUACAGCGAGACCAAGAGGAGGCACGUGUUCCGGCUGACCACCGCUGACUUCUGUGAAUAUCUCUUUCAGGCUGAGGACCGGGAUGACAUGCUGGGCUGGAUCAGAGCGAUCCGAGAGAACAGCAGGGCCGAGGGCGAGGACCCCGGCUGUGCCAACCAAGCUCUGAUCAGCAAGAAGCUUAAUGAUUACCGCAAAGUGAGCCAUAGUUCUGGGCCCAAAGCUGAUUCCUCCCCAAAAGGCUCUCGUGGCCUGGGGGGCCUCAAGUCUGAGUUCCUCAAACAGAGUACGGCACGUGGCCUCAGGCCUCAGGACCAGCCUGUAGGAAGCAAGGAUGACAGUACCACCACCCCCAAAACCCCCUGGGGCAUCAACAUCAUCAAGAAGAACAAGAAGGCGGCCCCCCGGGCGUUUGGGGUCCGGCUGGAGGAGUGCCAGCCAGCCACAGAGAACCAGCGCGUGCCCCUGAUCGUGGCUGCAUGCUGUCGCAUUGUGGAGGCUCGGGGGCUGGAGUCCACAGGCAUUUAUCGAGUGCCAGGCAACAAUGCAGUGGUGUCCAGCCUGCAGGAGCAGCUCAACCGUGGCCCUGGGGACAUCAACCUGCAGGAUGAGCGCUGGCAGGACCUCAAUGUGAUCAGCAGCCUGCUUAAGUCCUUCUUCCGAAAGCUACCUGAGCCUCUUUUCACCGAUGACAAAUACAAUGACUUCAUCGAGGCCAAUCGCAUUGAAGACGCGAGGGAGCGGAUGAAGACACUGCGGAAACUGAUCCGGGAUCUCCCAGGACACUACUAUGAAACACUGAAGUUCCUUGUGGGCCAUCUGAAGACCAUUGCUGACCACUCAGAGAAAAACAAGAUGGAGCCCCGGAACCUGGCCCUGGUCUUCGGGCCAACGCUGGUGAGGACAUCCGAGGACAACAUGGCAGACAUGGUGACCCACAUGCCUGACCGCUACAAGAUUGUGGAGACGCUGAUCCAGCACUCAGACUGGUUCUUCAGUGACAGCGAGGACAAGGGAGAGAGAACCCCUGUGGAUGACAAGGAGCCGCAGUCAGUGCCAAACAUCGAGUACCUCCUGCCUAACAUCGGCAGGACAGUGCCCCCUGGUGACCCAGGUUCAGAUUCCACCACCUGUAGUUCAGCCAAGUCCAAGGGCUCGUGGGCCUCCAAGAAGGAGCCGUACGCCCGGGAGAUGCUGGCGAUCUCCUUCAUCUCGGCGGUCAACCGCAAGCGGAAGAAGCGGCGGGAGGCGCGGGGGCUGGGCAGCAGCACGGACGACGACUCGGAGCAGGAGGCUCACAAGCCCGAGGCGGGGGCGCCGGCGCCAGGGGGCCAGGACCGGCCGAUGCUGGCCGUGCGGCUGCGGCGGCCGCUGUCGCCCGAAACGCGGCGGCGCCGGAGCAGCUGGCGCCGGCACACGGUGGUGGUGCAGAGCCCGCUGACCGACCUCAACUUCAACGAGUGGAAGGAGCUGGGCGGAGGGGGCCCCCCGGAGCCGGCGGGCCAGCGGGCUCACAGUGACAACAAGGACUCGGGCCUCAGCAGCCUGGAGUCCACCAAGGCGCGGGCCCCGUCGUCCGCCGCCUCGCUGCCGCCCGCUCCCGGGGACCCGGGGACCCUGCAGAGCCAGCCCCCGCGCCGCUCCGCCGCCUCGCGCCUCCAUCAGUGUCUGUGAUCGCCACCCCUCCCCCGCCUCCAGGCCAUUGACUGCCCCUCCCCCCUGCCCCCUUGGUUUCCCAGAAGUCGCCUCUGCUUGCACCCCGUCUUGGGUUGCCCCUGGGAGCGUCGGGGUGCAGGUCGGAGACGCUGAGGCCGUGUAUCUAGUUUGUGCGCAGAAAUUGGUAGGAGGUGGGCAGAAGAGAAGGCCCGGGCUAGACAAAGAGUGUCGGUGGGAGGGAGGGGGCUUCGGGGGUGAGGAGAGGGCUAAUGUUGCUGGGGCUCUGUGCAGGGCUACUGGGGGUCUCUGUCACCUGGAUAAGUGACAGAGUGCGCCCUUCUGGGUCUUUCUGUGUCUGCACUUAGGGACCUUUGUUGGCCAUGGGGCGUGGCUAGGGAACCUCCAUGUCUCAAACUAAAGAAAAGACACUGGGUGAUGCUGGCUCUUCAUUUCCUCGGCCUACGCCCCCCCCCCCAUUAGCUCCUAGCUGCCAUCUAAGGGAGGGGGUUGUGUAUGUAUGUCUCGGGGGAGGAGAUGAAGGGAGAUGGUGUCAACGGGGGAGGGGUUGCUGUGUGUAAGUGUGUGUAGUCACUGUCCAAAGGUGUUUCUAGUAGCAACUUAUGCCACUCCUGCCCCCUUCGUCCCCCGCCCCCCACCAGAGCUCCCUGCCUUUGGUGCACCCAGGGAUUCCCCCCACCCCUUGUCAGAGCCAGAGGAGGAGGUUGGGGCCCUUCCGCAGAGGCAGGACUGAGACUCUCACGAAGGUUACUCUCACCACCAACCUUUUCCCAACCUCUAAAUCACCAGCCCCCAAAUGCUUCCUAUUCCCCAGACAGUUUGGGGAGGGUUCAAGGUCUGCCUCUGCUAGACCUUCCGUGUCCCACUCUUUUGUUCUUAAAGCUGUGCCUGUUUCUUCCAUAGCUCAGACACACAGGCCCCCACCUUCUUCCCUUUAAGAGGGGAUGUAGUAAGACAUCCCUGGUGUCCCCCCUCACCCCUCUCUCACAGA